AUUAUUACCAAUGAUGCAUUAAUUCAAAAGCGGGUGGCCAAAUCCACUAUAAAAACCGCAAAGGCUGUGGGUCAAUCCAAUCGAUCACGAUCUUCACAUCAUCUACCUCUGAUCUCCUCCUGAAACCUUCUUCAAGAAUGAGAUCAUCUGUGUUUCUCCUGUGUGUAAUGGGUCUUUCUCUGACCCAAAUCGAAUUCUCCACUUCAGAUUUGGUAAAGCAAACAUGCAAGCAUACACCCAACUACGAUCUCUGUGUGAAGACUCUGCUCUCAGACCCACGAAGCUCUCACGCAGACGUCGCAGGUUUGGCCAUGGUGAUGGUGGACGUGAUCAAGGCCAAAACAAUCGCCACCCUCCACAGAAUCAGCGAAUUGCUGGGCACAACCCGAUACCCAAAAACGAAGGCUGCCUUGAGGCGUUGUGUAGAGUUGUAUGAUAAUGCAGUUUUGAAGGCUGAUCUUCCAUCAGCGAUGCAAGCUCUCAAGACUGGUGUUCCCAAAUUUGCAGAAGAAGGUACUAAUGAUGCUGCUAACGAGGCCGACUCCUGCGAGAGAACCUUCAGUGGGGCAUCCCCCAUUACCUCUUUCAAUAGAGCAGAUUUGGUGGACCAAACGUGCAAGCAGACACCCAACUACGAUCUCUGUGUGAAGACUCUCCGCGCAGACCCACGAAGCUCUACGGCUGACGUCACAGGCUUGGCCCUGGUGACGGUGGAUGCAAUCAAGGCCAAAGCGACCGCCACCCUCGAUAGAAUCAAUGGAUUAUUGGGCACGACCCCAGACCCGAAAACGAAGGCGGCCUUGAGCCAUUGUGGGGAGUUGUAUGAUAAUGCAGUUCUGAAGGCUGAUAUUCCAUCAGCCAUAGAAGCUCUCAAGAAGGGUAAUCCCAAAUUUGCAGAACAAGGAGUUAAUGAUGCUGCUAACGAGGCCGACUCCUGCGAGAGAGCCUUUGGCGGGGCUUCCCCCAUUACCUCUUUCAAUAGGAGUGUCAGUGACCUCUCUCGUGUGGCUUCUGCCAUUAUCGGGCUCUUGUCGUGAUCCAUGGUCAGACCCCAUGAAUGGGUUCUAGAUGACUGCUUCCACAAUUUGAAUAAAAACGGCGGAUUCUCUAAAUAAGAGCCAUUAUUGUUACAGU